AUGAAGAUUCUUUCUUUAUCUUUCCUUUGUGCUCUGCUGGAGGUGACUACUGCCGCCUCUAGCUCCAAUGCAGGCCUUCUCUCGAACGACAAUGUGUCCCUCGGUGACUGGCAGGUCGCUUAUGAAAAGGCAACCAAAUUUGUCGCCAAGCUCAACACAACUGAGAAGCUGAAGCUCAUCACUGGCAGCGAUGCCACGACAACGGAUGGCCAGUCCUUCACUGCCUUGAAGUUUUUGGAUGGUGCUAUGGGUCUGCAGGACUACUACUAUGUCUCCGCAUUCAGUCAGUCCUCGGCCCUGGCUAUGACCUGGGACAAGGAUGCUAUGUACAAGCAAUCCCAGGCUGUUGCGUUGGAGGCCUACCUCAAGGGCGUUCAGGUUGUCACCGGACCAACCUCUCAGCCCAUGGGACGUACCCCUUGGGGUGGACGUCUGGUCGAGACUUUUGGACCUGAUCCUUAUCUCAACGGUAUCGCCGCGGGAUUGAGCGUGGAGGCAUACAAUGACGUUGGUGUCAUUGCAGGUGCCAAGCAUUUCAUUCUUAAUGAGCAAGAGACCAACCGAUCCUCCAGUGGUGGUGGUGGCGGCGGUGGUGGUAUGGGUGGUGGUAUGGGAAGCCCUCCAGGCAGCUCCAACUUUUCUUCGACCUCUGCCGCACCUCCAUCUUCAUCGGGUUCCUCGCAUGCUGCUCGCUCUAUGAGCGAAAGCUCAUCUUCUGGUGCACCAUACUCCUCCAACGCAGACUCCAAGACUCUCCAUGAGACCUACCUCUGGAGUUUCUACGAUGCUGUGCACUCAGGCCUCGGUGGUAUGAUGUGUGCCAUGAACAAGGUCAACAACACACUUUCUUGUGAAUCCUCCGCCCUUCUUCUGGAUAUCUUGAAGGAAGAAUUGGGCUACCCUGGCUUGGUAUUCCCCGAUCAGAUGGCGCAGCAGAACGCCCUGGCCUCGGCAAUCAGCGGCCUGGACUACGGCUCUUCGAGUCUGUGGAGCACAUCUGCCAUGACGGGCUACUUGAAGAGCAAGAAUCUCACCGAGGCCCGCUUGGAUGACAUGGCCACCCGUAAUCUUAUGGGUUGGUACCAUGCCAAUCUCGACAACGGCACUCAGACCACCACUGUGUCAGACGAUGCGUACGUCGAUGUCCGCGGCAACCACGCCAAGCUGAUUCGAUCCCACGGUUCCAAGUCCAUGGUUCUCCUCAAGAACGAGAACAACACACUCCCCUUGAACAAGCCGCACAAGAUGGCGAUUUUCGGAUCCCACGCUCGUGCCGCCCUCGCUGGUCCCAACAUGGCUUUCAGUGUCCAGGGCUCUGGGCCCACUUAUGAUGGCCAUCUUGCCACAGACUCCGGAUCUGGUCAAGGUUCUCUGCCCUACCUGAUCACCCCAGAGACUGCCUUGACUAUCAAGGCAAGCCAGGAUGGAACCAUGCUCCGCUGGGUCGCAAACGACACCUACGCUUCGUCCAGUGGGUCCACCCUGGUCACGAAAGGAUCUGAUACUACCUCCACCACGCCUUCUAUCAGCAACUAUGCCGAGAACAUGGAUGUUUGUCUUGUCUUCAUCAAUGCUCUUGCUGGUGAGGGUGCCGAUCGCACUGAGCUGUAUAACACCGACCAGGAUGCCCUUGUCAACGAGGUUGCAGGCAACUGCGCCAACACAGUCGUCGUGAUCAAUUCCGCUGGUGUCCGACUCGUCGAUAACUGGAUCGAGAACGAGAAUGUUACUGCCGUCCUCUACGGCAGUCUUCUCGGUCAGGAAUCUGGUAACUCAAUCGUUGAUGUCCUGUACGGUGAUGUCAACCCCAGCGGCCGUCUCAUCCACACCAUCGCCAAGAACGAAUCUGACUACAAUGUCGAUAUCUGUUACACACAGCAGUGCAACUUCACUGAAGGCAACUUCAUCGAUUACCGCUACUUCGACGCUUACAACGUGACUCCCCGUUAUGAAUUUGGCUACGGUCUUUCGUACACCAAUUUCAAGUACUCUGAUCUUCACAUCAAUGGACCAAAGGCCCUUUCUGCUCUUCCUACUGGAAAGCGGGCUGUCGGUGGCUAUGAGGAUCUCUGGGAUAUUGUCGCUAGUGUCGGCGUCAAGAUCCACAACGCUGGCUCUGUUGACGGUGCGGAAGUGCCCCAGCUCUACAUCUCUUACCCCAAAGCUGCUAAGCAGCCUUUGCGCCAGCUGCGUGGAUUCGAGAAUGUGGAGAUCAAGAAGGGUAAGCAAGAGGAGGUGAAGUUCAACUUGCGUCGUCGUGACAUCUCCUACUGGGAUGUCAAGGCGAAGAACUGGGCUGUUGCACCGGGCUCAUACCGUGUUUAUGUUGGUGCCUCUUCCAGGGACCUUAAGAAGCAUGGGAGCUUCGAGGUUCACUUGGCGUGA